UGCAUUAUUGAGUUGGAAGUGGAGUAGAUAGUGGAGUGCGGGCGGGCGGAAUGAACAACCCACCACAAACACGACGACCACCACCAUCGUCCGGCGAGGACGCCGACGAUCGAUUCUGCAUCUGAAGUGUGCGUGUGUAUGUACGGCACGGGUACUACUAGAGUGUGUGUGUAUGUGUGUGCUGCUAGAAACAGUGGGAGAGAGAGUGUGUGUGUGUGUGUGUGUGUGUUUUUCUUUCGCUUUGGCGUCGUGUGUGUCUCUAUAAGGUUUUAUUCCUUUGAAUAAUUUCCUUUACAGUGCGUGUGUGUGUGUGUGUGUUAAAAGCUGGGCUUAGAUAAAAAUCGAAUGUUGGGCAAACAUAGAAAAAAAAUUCAAUGAGAAGAAGAAGAAAAAAGAUUUUUUUUUGAAAUAGUAAUUUGAAAAAAAAAGACGAACGACAAACACAAAAAAAAAAACAAACAUGAAUUACAACUUUUUGCUGGCCUGGCAUUUAUUGAAACUCUCUCGUCCAACUGGCCAGAGUGUGUCAGUGCGCGACAACAUGGCCGUCUGAUUUUUAUCAUCCGUGCCAUUUUCUUCUUCUGUGUUAUGUUUUCUAUUUUUUUUUUCACCCUCCUCGGCUGCCAAAAGAAGAGAGAGAGAGAGAGAGAAGAAAAAAAAAAAUACAAGUCUCUGCGUAUUGAAAAUCAAUUUUCAUUGAUUGAAUUUUCAAGUAUACGCCGGAGUUCUGCAACCCGCAUCCUACGGAUUGUCAUAUAGCUACUGAAAAUUUCGUAUUUAUUCCCGAUCGUUAUCACGACAUCUACACGCCAGAAAAGCUCACGAUUUUCAUGUACCUACCAGUUCUACUGUACUACGCUCUACGCAACGAGGAACCCAAGAGAAAACGGCAACUGGCGGAAAAGAAAAAAAAAACAAAACAUCAAUACCGAAAUUUCUGCCAAUUGAAUUAAAGGAAAAAAAAGGACAGGUGCACCGCAGUGUGCGUAACAAAGACGAACGGGGAACAAGUUUUCUUCAAGUGCUGUGUGCAAUAAAAGAAAAACAAACGAGUGGAAUAAACAGAGUGGCCGAUAAGGGCAGUAGUGCAACAUCAGUAGGAAAGCUGGCCACCAUCAUCAUGAAGCACAAGAAGGAGAAGAAAGAGAAGAGCAAAAAGAAAGUGGGCGGCAGCCGGGCGUCUUCCAUUUUGACGACAAUGCAACGGCAUUCGCAUCAACAUCAACAUCAGCAACAUUCGAGCUGUGCCUCGUCGGCCGCCUUGCUCGAUCAGGCCGCCCUCCAGUCCGCCUAUCGAUGGGAGAAGCUCUCGCCCGCCGAAUUCGAACAAUUACAGGAUCUCGCUGCUUAUUCGUCCAAGAAAUUGAGCGAUGUUUUGGCAGAAUUCUCCGGCACUGGACCGCUGUCCAAAUUCCAGCCAGACGGGGAUAUCGACUACGAGGGCUUCAGGCUGUUUAUGGACACUUACCUGGAACUGGAAAUGCAAGAAGAGCUGUGCAAGAGGCUGUUCUUGUCUUUUGUCAAACGGGCGCCCACCAAGACCGUCUCCAACGUUGAAGGCAAAGUCAUCAAGGACAUGGCCAUGUUGAGCUCUGCGACAGCUUGCGCUCCUAUUACUGCUCACAACGCAUCCGGCUCUGUCAAUAAUUUGGCGGCCUUUGGCGAAUCUGGCUCAACAACCAGUCCAGCUGGGGCUGCAGCUUGUCCAGCCAGCUGUUCGACUAGCGCUUCCGGCGGAGUUUUGCAUACCAUCACCACUAGCCUGUCGGAACAAAGCCGACCUCUGCAAGGAUUGGCUGAACGCUUUCACGGUCUCACCGAACGGCUGGGCAGCCUUAGCGGCCUCGGUAGCGCUGGACGUAGCACAGAAUCAGAUGCUCCUAACCGAACGCGGACUGGAAGUAUCGGCGCUUCAGUUCAUCCUACAGUCAUGGUCACGCAGCCUGGAACGAUGACUGUUGCUGGAGCGGGAGCUGGAGCGUCCUGCUCCAGUGCGGCAACAGCUUCGGCAGGUGCAACAUGGGAACGGGCUAGUAACCAAUCAUCAUCGCCCAGCCACAGCCAAAUGUCUCGCAAUUCAUCGCGAAAGUCCAAUAAUUCCAUUCUCGUUUCCAACGGCAAACUGGAAUUGGAAGUGCGGCAGUUGGUGCGGAAGACGAGCCUACUGGACAUCAAUUCACUCCGGGUCUCGCUCAAGAACGUCAUCUGUUACCUGUCUCUGCUGGAGGCUGGCCGUCCUGAAGACAAACUCGAAUUUAUGUUUCGGUUAUACGACACGGACGGCAAUGGUGUAUUGGAUACUAACGAAAUGGAUUGUAUCGUGAAUCAAAUGAUGGCCGUAGCGGAAUACCUCGGAUGGGACGCCUCCGAAUUGAAACCGAUCCUGCAAGAGAUGAUGACGGAAAUUGAUUACGACAAUGACGGCACCGUCUCGCUGGAAGAGUGGAAACGCGGCGGGAUGACGACGAUCCCUCUCCUCGUCCUCCUCGGACUCGAUUCGAAUGUCAAAGAGGACGGCAACCAUUUGUGGCGGCUCAAGCACUUUAACCGUCCGGCCUACUGCAACCUCUGCCUCAACAUGCUCGUCGGCCUGGGCAAGAAAGGCCUCUGCUGCGUCUUUUGCAAGUACACGGUGCACGAACGAUGUGUUCAGCGGGCGCCGGCCUCGUGCAUUUGCACCUACGUCAAGUCCAAGAAAUCGACUCAAGUGAUGGCCCAUCACUGGGUUGAAGGCAACUGUAACGCCAAGUGCUCCAAGUGUCGCGGACCCAUCAAGUCCUACAACGGCAUCACUGGACUCCACUGUCGCUGGUGCCAAAUGACGUUACACAACCGAUGCGCCUCGCAAGUGAAACCCGAAUGCACUUUGGGCGAGCACCGAGUGCACAUUUUGCCACCCACGUCCAUCUGUCCAAUCGUUCUUGAUCGGCAGGUAUCCACAUGCCGGGACCGACGAUCUCUCACGCGUUCAGAGAGCCAUCUACCUAUUUCGGAGCAGUCGGGAUCGUCGGGAUCGCCCAUGUCCUUCCAAAUCAAUCUCCAACCGGGCAUGUGUCCUCUUUUGGUCUUCAUUAAUCCGAAAUCGGGUGGCCGGCAAGGAGCGAGAAUCCUGCGCAAGUUCCAGUCGCUCCUCAAUCCGCGGCAGGUGUACAGUCUCGACCAGGGCGGCUCUCUGGCCGGCCUGCAAAUGUUCAAAGAUGUCGCCAAUUUCAAAGUCAUUUGCUGCGGCGGCGACGGCACCGUCGGCUGGCUCCUCGAGACGAUGGACAAGGUCCAAUUUGUCAAUCAUCCGCCCAUCGGAAUCAUUCCAUUGGGGACGGGCAACGAUUUGGCCCGCUGCCUGCGGUGGGGUGGUGGCUACGAAGGCGAGUCCGUCCACAAGAUCCUGCGCAAAAUCAGCAGGGCAGCGCCCAUCAUGAUGGAUCGGUGGCAAAUCGAGGUUGUACCCCAUCAGCAGGACGAGAACGCCGAGCCAUCCGACCAGAUUCCCUACACCAUUUUCAACAACUACUUUUCCAUCGGAGUGGAUGCGGCCAUUUGCGUGAAAUUCCACUCUGAACGGGAAAAGAACCCGGACAAGUUCAACAGCCGCAUGAAAAACAAAUUGUGGUACUUUGAAUUUGCUACGUCCGAGACGUUCACGGCUUCGUGCAAAAACCUGCACGAAGACAUUGACAUCAUGUGCGAUGGCGUGUCGUUAGAUUUGGCCAACGGUCCAUCGCUACAAGGAAUUGCUUUACUCAACAUCCCGUACACUCACGGCGGAUCCAAUUUGUGGGGCGACACGUCAGUGAAGAAACGCUCACGACCGGCACCCCUCAGUUUACGGAAGGAGCACGACACCAACAAAUCCGAACGGGAAUUGUCCAGCAGCAGCUUCAACUUCGUUGAUCUCAGUUUGGCCUUGCAAGAUAUCGGUGACGGGUUGAUCGAAGUCAUCGGUCUGGAGAAUUGCCUUCACAUGGGACAGGUCAAAACCGGAUUGAGGGCGUCGGGACGCCGUUUGGCCCAGUGUUCCAACAUUGUCAUCCGCACACGCAAGCGCUUCCCUAUGCAGGUCGACGGCGAACCGUGGAUGCAGUCACCUUGCACAAUUCAAAUCACUCAGAAGAAUCAAGUGCCCAUGUUAAUGGCGCCACCGCCAUCGAGGAGCAAGGGCCUCUUCAGUUUUCUCAAACGACAUUGAUUCGACCAAAA